AUGCCAGUGAUAUCAGCAUCGAGCGAUACAACGGUCAAAGUGUGGAAUGCUCAGAAAGGAUUUUGUAUGUCAACACUGCGGACACAUCGUGAUUACGUUCGGGCACUGGCAUAUGCGCGUGAUAUUGAGAUGGUUGCGAGUGGUGGUUUUGAUCAGUUGAUUUACUUGUGGGACGUUGCCACUCUGACGAGACUAACCGCGCUGAAUAACACCGUUACAACAUCAUCAUUGAAUGGCAACAAAGACAGUAUUUAUUCGUUAGCGAUGAACCCAUCUGGCACACUCGUCAUCUCGGGAUCUACUGAAAAGGUUUUACGUGUUUUUGAUCCGCGUGCAUGUCAGAAGUUAAUGAAGUUGAGAGGGCAUACGGACAAUGUCAAGGCAGUUGUUGUGAAUCGCGAUGGAACACAGUGCGUAUCGGCAAGUAGUGAUGGUACCAUUAAAUUAUGGAGUAUUGGUCAGCAGUGUUGUAUAUCAUCACAUAAAUGUCAUUCAGAAGGAGUUUGGGCUUUGCAGGCAGACUCAAGCUUCUCAUAUGUAUAUUCGGGUGGUCGUGAUAAACAAGUAUUUCGAACGGCGAUUAAUGAUUUCAAAAGUUCCCAAUUGAUGUUUGUUGAAGAUGCGCCCAUUCAAAGGUUGCAACUGACAGAUGUUGAUCGUCCUCGUUCAAUGUGGGCUGCAACUUGGAACUCAUCGAUAAAACGAUGGCAGUUGCCGAGUGAGGGACAGCUGAGUGUGAACAUAGUGGAUGAUGAUAGCUGCUAUGAGGAUAUGGUACCGUUCGUUUACGAGCCUGACCUCAUCAUACCCGGUAUUUAG